AUGAGUCUCAAAGAUCGAGAGGGAUCAGACAACUUCCAGAACGCAGCCCUGUCUGUGAGAUGGGUGCAAGGAUUCCCUGUGAAGUAUUUGGCUUUUAUCAACAACAGCACAAUUUGCUACCCUUGUGGGAAUUUUUUAAUUUUUUUAAAUAUUGAAAAAGAGAGAAAGACUGUUCUACAGUGUAUGAAUGGAAAAGUGGGUGCUGUGGCAACUAAUAUUCCUUACGAAGUGGUGGCUUUUUCAGAUCGGAAGCUUAAGCCCUCCAUCUACAUAUACAACUUCCCUGCAUUGACCAAAAGGGCAAAAUUAAAAGGGUAUGCUCAGUUGGACUACACUUUACUUGAAUUUAAUCGCUCUGGCAUAUACCUGGCUAGUUACUCUUCGAUUCCUGAACAUGAAGUAACACUCUGGAACUGGGAAGCAAAGGUCAUUUUGUGUAGAAAAUCACAACCAGGUGUGGAAAUAAAACAGAUGACUUUUAACCCAAAAAACUGGCGUCAGCUAUGUUUAUCCAGUGAAAAUUAUAUAGCUGUCUGGAAUAUUGAAAAAUGUGACAAUGAUCAUUAUUUGAAACCAAAGCAAAUAAAUAUGCCUUCAGAGGAUGGUACUUUUGCAAAAGAAUAUGAGGGAUUACUCUCCCAAGAUAUCAAAGAUCCUACCUAUGGACCUGUGUUACCAGUUGCUGCCAUUGCUGGGCUAGUUGGUUUAGAAGCAGAAAAGUUCAAGGAAAAGUUGGGAACAGAAAGACUUUUGGAAUGUUUAUUUAGGGUUACCUGGGCACCUCUAUCCAUGAUAGCAUCUGAUGAGAACCUUCAUAAAGAAGAUGAAGAAAACUAUUAUAAAGGCAACAGGAUCAAUUCCAUGGCAGUUUAUAAAGAAAAAGUAUUUAUUGCUGGAGAGGAUGGCAUUUUGCGUUCUCUUAUUAUCAAGGAGAGUAACUACACCAUAAAAGACCAAAUAGAUGUGCAAAGCCCUGUUGAGAGUAUUUUCUUUUCUCCUGAUUUUAAACAAUUAUUAAUUCAAACAGAGAAGGGAUCUAUUUUUUCCUAUGUGUUUGAAGAAAAUAAAAGCAUUCAAACAAUCUUGGAGGCAAGUAGUAGCAAUGUACAGGCAACUGACUUUAUCACAUCUGAAAACCAAUACUGCAUGUCAGUAACCUUUUCAGGAGAAUUUUAUAUUUGGAUGGCAGAAGAUGGAUUUCCUAUUAGUAAGUUAUGCCUUAAAACUAAGGUAAGUGCUAUGGCUUGCUGCCCUGCAUCGUUUUCAGUGGCCGUGGGGACCACUACAGGACGUUUAUUGAUCAUUAAUGUUUAUGAUGUCAAAAACCCGAGACUUGUUCACAAUAUCUUUCUGACCAAUGCUUCUUUACAGCAUACACAUUAUGACCAAAAUGGUAUGUUCUUGAUAAUUGGAGCAUCUGAUAGAAAUGUCUUCAUUUUAAGUGCCAAAGCCUCAGAAAUAUUCAAGAUUAUUGGAUUUACAGAGGUGUGUGGUGACAUUUUACAAAUAUCUACAGUUAGUCUUUGGAAUGCCCAAGAAAGUCAAGUAAUGAUCCUUACCGAACCUUCAGAAGAUAAAAAAACUAGGAUAGAAAUACUCAUUCUGAAAGAAGCAAUCAUAACAGAAAGUGACAUGUGUAGUGAUGAAAGAGGACGACUGAAAGAUGAAUUCAUUUUGAGAAGAAUAUAUGAAACAAAUCAAAUCUUGUGCUCUGCUGUCUUGGGUUUCCAUGAUAACAAAUUAUAUGGUUUUUGUAGUAAUGAGCCAUAUAUCUGUGCCUUUGAGAUUCCUGAAAAGAAGAGCAAUAACAUGGUUCUCAAAAUACAGAAUAAAAUACCAAGUAAACAUUAUGGAACAGGAAUGUUGUAUCUGUCAUUUCAUGGCCAGUGGCUGGCAUCAGUAGCCAAAGAUGGGAUACUAAGCAUCCGUGAUAUUAAAAAUUUGGAACCAUUUGUCAGGUCACGAUGCCAUUCUUACCACGGACAAGGAAUUAAGUCAAUGGCAUUUUCAUUUGAUGGCCAAUUCAUACUACUGAAUGGUAAAGAAGAUGGUGCCCUUGUUUGCCUAAAAUGGAAGACUAUAAUGGCAAUUCUAGUUCAUGAAUGUAUUGAGUAUCUUGAGAUCUAUCUACCCUCAUUUUAUAAAAGUAUUGAGGAGGAAGAGAAACUUUUUAACAAAAUGAAAGAUUCUCAGAUCUUUUUGGAUUCACUAUAUGGACAAUCAGGAUAUCACAAAAAGUACUCAUUUCCUGAAGUUGAGAUAUCAGAUGAGACCUAUGAAGCUGAAAUUACCUGGUUACAAAAGAAAAACAGAGAGGCCAUCAGAAAAGAGGUUAAAAUUUUUACUGAAAAAAAGAAGCAACUAAAAGACGGAAUCAAAAGUCUGACUAAAACUAUUCAAGAUAUGUUGAGAGAAAAUGAAUUAGCAUCUGAUAUUGCACAACUAGAACAAAAAGAAUUCAGUCUAGAUGUUGAAGAAAUACAAAGGCUUUAUGAUGAACGUGAAGAAGAACUGGAAAAGUUGAAAAAGGAAGCAGAAAUGGAGAAUCUAGCAAAGAGGUUUUUAUGUUACAUUUUGACAGAAGAAUGCUGGAACUCCAUGAAAACAAAAGGCCAAUCAAUUAAGUCCUUUCAUAAUCGUUUGGAGGUUAAAAAUUUCCCAAUGAAAGAACGCACUCGAGAAGAGCUGGAAGAAGUGGAGAGAGUUUUUCAGCUAAGGAAGAUUGAAAUAGCUGAAUAUAAACUACGAAAGGAAAUUGCAGAAGUUUUACCCACAGCUUUAACAAAACAUGAAGUUGAGGAGGAGGAAGAAGAAGAAGAGGAACCAAAAAUAAGAGACAGCAGCUUACUCAAAUAUUUAUUUGGCAGCUUGAGUUAUGAGCUUAUUGAAGACACAAGUUUGUUAUAUAGCCAGUUAGAACUUCAUACCAGAGAAGAGAAAAUCAACCAGAUAGUACUACUGAAGGACAUUAUUUACAACAUCAAAACUAAUUUCAAUAAGGAAUUUACUACUAUAUAUCUACAAAAGAUUUUGGAAAUAGAACGAGUGACAGAAAGAAAUGUAAAUAUUGGUAGAAUUAUUGAAGAUCUCGAACUUGGAGAAAAGAUCUGGCAACCAGAACUUGAAAUAUGUGAAAAUCCAGAGAGGAUUCUAGCUGUAGAAGAUCAUGAGAUAAAAGUUGAAAGAAUCCUUACCCCAUGGGAAAAAGAACAAGCAGCAAUCGCUGAAGCUCUUGAGCUGGAAAGACUUCUUUUAUUACAGGCAGAUGAUGCAAGACAACGAGCUUUGAUGGAUAUGAUGGGUGGAGUUCUACAAGUCAGGAAAGAAGAUAUUUUGAAGAUGGAAAUUCCUCCACCUGCCUUUACGCUCAAACCUGAGACUGUAUGGACUGAAGAUGAAAAGAAACAAUUCAAAGAGUAUGAGAAAAAAGUCAAAGACUUAAAUGAAGAAAGGGAGAAGUAUAAAAAGUCAUUGGAUACUGAAUUAAAGAAACUUCAAAACUCCGUUAACGAAGCAACUCAAACUUUUGAUACAAUUUUGAAAAGACUCUUUGGAAAGAGGGUGAAAUGUGAUAUGGUUAUCAAACAGGAGGAAUUAAAAAUAGCCAUCCUUACAUUCUCUUUGCUAUUAGAUGAAGAACUACUAACAAGAGAAUUAGAAUUGAAUGGUUUCCUUGAAAGAAAAAACAGUGAAAGGAUACACACUUACGAUAACAUCUAUGAGGCUCGUGAAAAACUUGAUGCUUUCAGAGAAACUUAUGACAUCUUAAUUGCAGAGGAUAAAGUUCUGGAACGAGGAUUUAAAAAAGAAUUUUCUGAGCUUCCUACUUCUAUGGUUGAAACUCUCUACAAAAUGUUCAAACGCCGACCAAGGCAAACAAAGCACAAGCAAUCAGAUGGAGGACUCGGACCUAUCCAUUUUGCAGAUGGGCAAAAGCCUAUCUAUAUUCAGCAGGAAAACCUUACCCAAUUAAUGAAUGCCAUGGAAGAAUUGGAUAAUCCAACUAAUAUGCCAGAAGGUUUAGAACUUCCAGUCUGGAACAAUUUCUGUGCUCUAAGAAGAUCAAAAAUGGAAAAUGAACAAAAAGUAAAGCAAAAAGCCCUUAUUUUGCUGGAAAUGCAGACCUUCCUCCGGAAGAGAACUGAGGAUGAUGAUAAGGUGCAAUCGGACAUUGAAAAAUGUCUCCAGGAAAUCCUCUUAUUACAAGAAGAGAAAAUGAAUUAUCAGCUGAAUUCAACAAUUCAAAUAUUGCUUACACAAGGGCAAGUGGAACUGGAUAAUUUCCAUUUUGUUUUAGAUUUCACAGACUCCAUUCUCAUUAACAGGGUUUUAAUUGAAGAAGUAAAUGCUAUAGUCCGGACUCAAGGUCAAAAGAAAGUUGCCAGCAUGAUAGAAAGUAAAAAUGUCCACAAUGGAAUAAUUCAGAUUGAAUGGGAACAUAAGAAAAUGGAGAUGGAAAUGGAAGAUUUAAACCAAAAGGCUUGGGAUAUUCAGAUACUGUUUUUUUCAAAAGAUCGUCAAAAGUUCCUAAAGGAACCAAACUAUGAGAUCCUAAUAGGCCAUGAGAUUUAUAUGAUGGAGCAGAAUCUUGCUAAUAUGGAAAAAACUCACAAAAAGGAGGUGGACUCCUUCAAAAAAUUACUCAAGGAACUGGGAAAAUAUAGCAAUAAAAAAGAUGCAGCAAAUUUUACUCUUUCUUGUGAACUACAAAAUGAAAUGGUGACUGUCUGUGAAAGAAAAGAAAUCUGUAAAUCACUUGGAUCUCAGCUGACUUGUGAAAGUAUUGCCAAGGAACGAUAUGACGCUAUGCUGCAGCAGCAAAAGCUUAUAGAUAUUUCAAAAAUUCAGGCUGAACAGAUUUCAAUUCUGCAGGCAGAGGUUGAAAGACUAAGAAUGAAAACAUUUCCUGCACUCAUUCAAAUGUAG